AUGAAUUACGCCUGUCUAAGAAGUGGCAGCUCGAUGCUGGGCAUGGUAAAGGCUGCCCGCAGCUUUUCCAUAAGCGCAAGAGCCCUGUCAGCCAGAGCAAAGGCCGACUUUGUUAAGAUAACAACGCCCAACGGGCACACCUAUGAACAACCUACGGGUCUGUUCAUCAACAACGAGUUCCUCAAGUCUCAAAAGGGCGAGACCAUAACCGUUGAAGAUCCAUCUACAGAGCAGAAGAUUGUCGAGGUUCAGUCAGGUACCAAAGAAGAUGUUGAAUACGCAGUUGAAUGUGCUGAAAAAGCCUUCAACUCUUCGUGGUCAACAGGCGACCCUCGCAAUAGAGCUCGCUCACUUCUCAAGCUCGCAGAUCUCGUUGAGGAAAGAAAAGAGCUGAUUGCCUCCAUCGAAUCUAUGGACAACGGUAAGACGCUUGCUUUGGCUAGGGGCGACGUGGGAAUUGUGAUCAAUUUCCUGCGCUCAGCUGCUGGCUACGCAGACAAGCUUGAUGGCAGAUCUAUCAACACUGGCGACGGCUACGUUAACUACACAAUCAGAGAACCCGUGGGUGUUUGCGGCCAGAUUAUACCCUGGAAUUUCCCACUCAUGAUGCUGUCUUGGAAGAUUGCUCCCGCUUUGGCAGCUGGUAACACUGUCAUUCUAAAGCCUGCAUCCCCAACUCCCCUGAACGCCCUGUACUUCGCCUCGCUGUGUAAGGAAGCCGGAAUCCCUGCCGGUGUCGUGAACAUCAUUCCUGGUCCAGGAAGAGGUGUUGGCGAGACCUUGACCACCCACCCAAAGAUUAGAAAAAUUGCAUUCACCGGCUCCACCGGCACUGGUAAGGGCAUUGCCGUUAAGGCUGCCCAGUCAAAUUUGAAAAAGGUCACUCUGGAGCUGGGAGGCAAAUCCGCUCACUUAGUGUUCAAUGAUGCUAAUAUCGAGAAGACUUUGCCAAACUUGGUUAACGGUAUUUUCCUAAACGCUGGCCAGAUUUGCUCUUCUGGUUCUAGGAUCUAUGUUCAAGAAGGCAUUUACGACAAACUCCUCCCUGCUUUCAGGAAGUACGUUGAAGAGAAAAUCACUGUCGGUUCUCCAUUCGACGAGAACAACUUCCAAGGUGCAAUCAACAACAAGGCCCAGUUUGAGACUAUCAUGAAUUAUGUGGGCAUCGGCAAAAGCGAGGGUGCAAAGGUCUUAACCGGUGGCGAGAAAGUCAACGACAAGGGCUACUUCAUCAGGCCAACUAUCUUCUACGAUGUCGAAGAAGACAUGAGAAUUGUCAAAGAGGAAGUCUUCGGCCCAGUCGUCACAAUCUCUAAGUUCAAAGAGAUUGAGGACGGUGUGGCCAUGGCCAAUGACUCCGAGUUUGGCCUGGGCGCUGGUAUCCAGACCGAAAACGUAUCCACUGCUUUGAAGGUUUCUAAGAUGCUCAAGGCUGGUAUUGUAUGGGUUAACACUUAUAAUGACUUUGACUCAUCCGUUCCAUUUGGCGGUUGCAAGCAAUCUGGGUACGGUAGAGAAAUGGGAAUUGAAGCUUUCGAAGCAUACACCUCUGUCAAAGCAGUUAGAAUCAAGCUUGCUUAG